AUGGAGCAGCAGGUGUCCCCUGCGGCUGCUGAGGAGCAGGCGGGGGCGGCGGCGGACGCUCCGCAGCCCAGGCCGCUCAGCUUUUCCGCCGAGCAGGUCGCCUGCGUCUGCGAGGCCCUCCUCCAGGCGGGCGACAUCGCGCGGCUGGAGCGCUUCCUGCGGCUGCUGUCGCCGGCGGGGCUGAUCCGCGGCCACGAGUCGGUGCUGCGCGCGCGCGCCGCCGUCGCCUUCCAGCGCGGCCACUACCACGAGCUGUACGCCAUCCUCGAGUCGCAGCCGUUCAGCGCGCGCCACCACGCGCACCUGCAGCAGCUGUGGUUCGCCGCGCACUACCGCGAGGCGGAGCGCGUGCGCGGCCGGCCGCUCGGCGCCGUCGACAAGUACCGCCUGCGCAAGAAGUACCAGCUGCCCAGGACCAUCUGGGAUGGCGAGGAGACCGUCUACUGCUUCAAGGAGCGGUCGCGGAACGCGCUCAAGGAGUGCUACAACCGCAACCGGUACCCCACGCCCGACGAGAAGAAGGGCCUGUCCAAGAAGACGGGCCUGACGCUCACCCAGGUGUCCAACUGGUUCAAGAACCGGCGCCAGCGCGACAGGCCCGUCCACACCCGGAGUGGCAGCACGAGUAGCACUGGGAGCAAUGGAACAGCUGCAGAUGUCAGCCUUUUGUGGGGCAGUACUACUCCGACCCUGUGCUAUGCCACUCAUGGGGUUCCAGGAACUGGUGGAGUGAAGAGUGAACCUGAUGCGUAUAUUCAGGCUGCUUACAGCGCUGGAUACGAUGCUGUUCUGUCACCUCAAUGA